AUGGGUUCAGAGAGCAUGCGUGCUGUGCAGCUACUGAUCAGUAUUGUCAUUGCAUCUAGCUGGAAGUCCAUACACCAUGCAGAUCGCCUCACAUACCCUCUCCGGACUUUCUGGGACGAGGCAAUGGAUUUCAUCGUGCAACGCUCAAAAUACCUCAUCAAGCGCCUCACGAGCCAUGGUAUAGCCUUCUAUACUUCAGGCCAGCUAUUUCUAGAGGAGUACUACGCUCUAGCUGUGGUCGGGAAAGCGGGCUUGUCGACGCUGCACAUGGAUGGGAACACGCGUCUAUGUACCGCAACAGCAGCCGCAUCUAUGAGAGAGUCCUUUGGCCAUAACGUCGCAGCCACACAGACGGUCCUGUGGUCAAGAAUGCUUGACCGGUUCGAUGAUCCGAACCCGCCGAAGCUCGUCGUUAUCGACCCACGCGUGUCCGAUACCGCGAGGAGAGCAACAGUUCAUCUUGCUCCGGGGAUUGGCACCAAUUUGGCGGUUCUCAACGGGAUCCAACAUCUCAUGUUGAAAAGGGCUGGAUCAACAAAGAACCUCGAAGGAGCCGCCAAAAUCAUUAGAAACUCCCAGAGUCUUCUGUCAACGGCGCUACAGGGCGUCUACCAGUCCAACCAAGCCACCGCAAGCGCAUGCCAGAUCAACAAUAUCAGCCUUCUCAGGGGCUUGAUCGGCAAGCCGAGCAGUGCCGUGGAGCCCCCGGGAGAAGCGAGAUCGGACCUCGACAUCUUUCUCGACUACGGGCGUCGCAUGGACUUCAGGGACAAGAACGGCAAUCUCCUCCUUCCGUACAAGGACUCUGAGGAAGUGUUCUGCGCGUGGAAAAGGCUUUUAUAUGGCCGGCCUUGCGACUACAGCGGCUUGUCGCUUUUCGACAUCUGCGAGAGUUUUGGGCAUGACCUUGAGACCGGGGCGCCCUACACCAAGGCCGAGUACGCGGCUUUCAACCCCGCGGGCCGCGCGAUUCUGAAGUCAUGCCGCUACACUCCUUCUAUGGAAAACCCAAUGAAGAGUACCCAUUCCGCCUAUCUACGGGAUGCAUGCCCGGAGCCUCAAGUCCAUAUAUCUAGAGAGGACGCAGCUAAUAUGGAUGUCCGAGACGGAGAUAACGUUAUUGUCGAGUCAAGGCGUGGCGCAAUCGAGCUAAAGGCAAAAGUAGGGGGCAUCUCGAUUGGUCGGGCAUUUAUACCCUUCCAUUUUGGCUAUUGGGAUGCCAAAAAUGGAAAUUCUAGAGCGGCAAACGAGCUGACGGCUGAACGAUGGGAUCCCAUUUCCAAUCAGCCCAUGUUCAAGUCUGGAGCUGUCCGCAUAGAGAAGAUCAAGCUCAGAGAGAAGCCAUAUCUUCCUGAGCCACAAUCUGCCGCAGAACAGUCUUGUUCAACCAAUGGAGUCGACUUUAUGGCUAUGAAUGAUUCCUUGAAGCGGAAACGGCAGCUCGAAACGUGGCUCGGCGAGACAUACGAAAGCAUCAAGCAACUAUUCGAUAUCUACACUAAUCUGCUGCCCAAUCUUAUCAGCGAUCUCGAAAUCGAAGGUGGUUUCCGAGUGAUGCGCCGGAUCACCGAGGAAGUCAAUGAUAGGCUCAGCGUGGAAGUUGACAAGUUCGGCGAAGACGUCCGGCAGGGCAGUCGUGAGGCCAUGGUUCUGAGAGAGGCCAUCUUCCCUCCCAUCAACACGCAGAAAAGCCCGUACGAGAUCAUGGAAACCCUCCAGGGUCUGCACAUCUAUCUCUCCUUUAACGCUUUGAUUCCCGUCAGCCAGGCGUGUUGGGAUAAGGAGCUUCUCGAAGCGGUCCAAUUUGGCCAGACCAGUACGAUUCGUAUGCAAGCUUGGGUCAAUCAGCAGGUUAAGGUCAGGGCACCGCAGUCCCUCUUAGUGCCGGCGCUGCAAAGGGAUUAAAUCAUCAAACUGUUCGAACUGCGCAUCAAAUCCAGCGGUCUAGAGAAAAUUGUUGACAGGUAUAAGUCAAUAAGGCGUAUUCACUGCCGAGUCAUCUACAUUUGAAUUGCAGAAACGUUCAAGCAGUUUUCGACCUGGAGACCAGCAUAUAGUAUAAUGGCGACAAAUAAAUAGCUGUGAUGACAAAAGCGGAUCCGUAA